UUCAAAACAUAGAAGCUAUAGGCUAUGAAUUUUUAUUAAAAUAGAAUGCAUAAUCUAGUCAUUCUGUUAUAGGCUAUGAAUUUUUAUUAAAAUAGGGCGAGAGAAUGUUUCGCAAUAGUAACAACCUAGUCAUUCCUUUAACUUAGAAUGCAUAAAUUUCGAAACGUAGGUAUGGACCGUAGUUGGAUGAGAGCUAAUCGAUUAAGUACUGAGUACAGACAUGGAGUGAUGGAAUUUCUACAGUUUGCGGAAAGUAAUGCUGAACUAGAACGUCCUCCUCCUGAAUUUCCUCCACUUUUUCUAUGUCCGUGUAUAAAUUGUGCAAAUAAAGAACCAAAACGUACUAAGAAAGAAAUCAUGAAUCAUCUAAUUUGUGACGGGAUUUGUCAAAAUUAUACACAAUGGAUAUGGCACGGUGAAGUAGUUGCAACGCCAAGUGUGUCCCAUAGAGAAAGUGGUAGUGUGGAUAUCGAUGAUCGACUGGAAGACAUGAUGCGUGAUAUUGGAGAAGAUUCGUUUAAGAGGGCGCAUGUGUAUGAAACUUUAUGCAGUGACAAGGAUGAACCAUUGUAUCCGGGAUGCACAAAUUUUACCCGUUUGUCUGCGGUGUUAAAAUUGUUUAAUUUGAAAGCAAAAAAUGGGUGGACCGACAAAAGUUUCACUGAAUUGCUUGAAUUGUUGAUACAAAUGCGAUUACGU